UCUGCCGCCCACCGCAGGAGACUGGGGGGGGAUGUUCCACCAUCCCGGAUUUACAACCAUUUCAAGGAUAUUUGAGCACCAAGAAGACAAUUUUGUCGGGAUUUUUCUAGCACUGACACUGGAGUAGGCUAUCAUCCGGGAAUCCUGACGGCCAACUGAAGUUUAAGCCCACAUGAUUAAACGCCAGUUUUACCUGAGUGGCUGAAGACUCAAGGUACAAAAAAUGGAUCCAAACUUGUUUGGAGGAGCCCCCAGGUUUCUCACUCGCCCAAAGGCAUUUUCGGUGUGCGUAGGCAAAGAUGCCACACUCAGCUGCACAAUCGUGGGAAGUCCAACCCCACUGAUCACCUGGGAGAAGGACAAGCUGAAGCUGACAUCUGGGGGCCGCUUCAAGACUGUGGAGGAUGGAGAUUUGUACCGCUUGACCAUCUAUGACUUAACAUUGGAGGAUAGUGGACAGUACAUGUGCCGGGCCAAAAACCGCGUUGGGGAAGCUUAUGCUGCCGUGACCGUUAAAGUGGCCCUGCCAACAGAGAUGGCUCAGAGGGCCCCUGUUUUCAUGGUGAAGCCUACCUCUGUACGUAUAGUUUUGGGAGGUGAUGCUGUUUUCCACUGCCGUGUUGCAGCUUACCCUGAGGCCAACUUUGACUGGGAAAAGGAUGGACGCUACCUGGCGGAGACGAACCGCAUCAAGAUUGUGUCUGACAGCGACAGCAGCACCUUAAAGAUCCAAAGUGUACGUAACCUGGAUAGCGGCACCUACACCUGCAGGGCCCAGAACACUGUUGGCCGUGCACACACUGCAGCAGCUCUUGUCGUAGACGCUCAGGAUUCCUGCCACCUGGCUGCAGAUAAGAACACUUCCCUCCUCUCUCACCUACAAAAGCGCAAAGAGGAAAUGAAGAAGGACAUCUCCAUCUAUCGCACUGAAGAAAGCAGCUCCUCAGUUUCUUCUUCUUCCGCAGCCAGCAUCACAGAUGGUUUGAGUUCUCUGAGUCUGGAACGUGACCUGAGGGCAUCUGCGCUGGCAACAUUGCCCAAAGGUGUGUUCACCCGUACCUGCACAGUGACUGAGGGCAAACAUGCCAAACUCAGCUGCUUUGUGACGGGACACCCUAAACCCCACAUUAUCUGGAGGAAGGAUGGAACGAACAUCAGUGAGGGCCGCAGACAUGUCAUUUAUGAGGACCACGCUGAGAACUUCAUCCUCAAGAUCCUGUACUGCAAGCAGAGUGAUAAUGGUCUCUACACCUGCAAUGCAACCAACAUGGCUGGGCAGACCUACAGUGCUGUGUUGGUAACAGUCAAAGAGCCUAAGGUGCCAUUCAGGAGGAAGCUGCAGGAUGUGGAGGUACAAGAGAAAACGUUGGCCACACUGAUGUGUGAGGUGCCUCUCAGUGCCACCCAGGCCAACUGGUUCAUGGAGGAAACAAGGCUGGAACAAAGUACCAAGUAUCGCAUGGAGGAGGAGGGCACCCUGCGUCGUCUAACCAUACACAAUGUCACCACCAACGAUGAUGGUGUUUAUAUCUGCGAGAUGAAAGAGGGCAGUCGCACUGUGGCUGAGCUCACUGUCCUGGGCAACAUUACCAAGAAGCUUCCCCGGAAGACAGUAGUUCCUGUCAGUGACACUGUCAUCUUCUGUGUGGAGCUGGAGCAUCCCUGCCCAGGUGGCUAUUGGACCCGCAAUGGGGAGAAGCUGAAGGAAGAUUCCCGUAUUUCCAUCGCCUGCGUGCUAAGACAGUACACACUCACCAUUAGAGAUUGCCAGGCAGAUGACUCAGGAGAAGUGGCCUUUGUGGCUGGAGACUGCAAGACUUCCACUCGAUUCUCUGUCACUGCUGCAAGGAAGCAUCCUCCUGAUCCCCCAGUCGAUGCUGUGGUGCAGAACAAGACUGACUCAUCCAUCACCAUACAGUGGUCUCCUCCUGACAGUGAUCGCCCUGUGCCCAUCAAGAGUUACAUUGUGGAGAGGAGGAAGAUUGGCGCUCAGACAUGGCAGAGGUGCAAUGCUGGAGAAACCAUUGUUUCAACACAGAUCACCAUCUGCAACUUCACUGAAGAAGCCAGCUACCAAUUCCGUAUCUCUGCUCUGAAUGACUUUGGCCAGAGUCCCUACCUGGAGGUUCCUGGAAGCUUCUACCUUGAACCUACUGCAGAAAUCAGGAAAGGCCUGAUGAACAGCAUUGCAAUCUCUGGCGAGGAGUUCUCUGUCUCAGUAGAGCUGUCUGCUGUUUGUUCUGGCUUCUGGUCUCUAAAUGGCCGCCUCCUGCGCAGUGGAGCUGACUACCUCAUCACCAGGUCCAAGAACACACACACCCUGCUCAUCCGUGUCGUGACCAUGGAAAUGAACGGAGCUGAAGUCAAGUUUGUGGGUGGAGGCUCACAAAGCAGUUGCAUCCUGUCUGUGAAGGCCCCUUCUGUCAGGUUCACUAAAAAGUCUGAUCAGAUGGAGGUUGUGACCUGCAGUGCCCAAGCCACUGCUCAGCUGACUGCUGAGGUGUCGGAUUACGAUACACAGGUGGUUUGGAUGAAGAAUGGGCGGGAGGUCAAAAUGGGCAAGAAGUAUGAAUAUGUCAUCAUCGACCGCAAGAGGAUCCUGAUGAUACACAAUGUUACAGAGGAAGAUGUGGGCAUCUACGAGUGCGUUUUAGCUGAUGACAGGAUGUCCCUGAGACUCACUCUUAAAGAUGAACCUGCCAGGUUUCUGAACAAGGCCAGAGGUCCCAUGGGACUGUCAUCGUCCCUUAAAGGAGAUAUUGAGCUGAGCUGUGAGGUAUCUCCUGCUAGCGCGGUUGUUGUAUGGAGAAAAGAUCAGGUGGAGAUCACUGAGGACCAAAGAACUACCAUCAUCUCUAAAGGGACUCAAAGGAAACUCAUCAUCAAAAAUGCCAAGAAAAGUGACGAAGGACAUUACUCCUGUGAGACAGCAGCAGAUAAAGUCACAUUCCAGGUCAAGAUAAAAGAAACUCAAGCCUUAGCUGCCUUCUCCAACAAGGAGUCAGUCCAGAGGGAGGUGAAAGCCACUCUCUCUCAGAAAGCUACUCUUAGUUGCAAUGUGUCUGAUAGUAAGACAGAAGUGAAAUGGUAUAAAGAUGGCAAGCUGUUGGUAUCCAAUAGGACCAUAUACUCAGAAGCAAAGGGCAAUACUCGUCAGCUGGUGAUUGAAAAGGUGGAGAAGAGCGAUGCUGGAGAAUAUACCUGUGAAGCUGGAGGGGAUAAGCUGGUCUUCAAGAUAUCUGUGUCAGGCGCCAAGUCAGCUUUCUUCAACAAGGAGUCAGUCCAGAAGGAGGUGAAAGCCACUCUCUCCCAGAAAGCUACUCUGAGCUGUGAGGUAGCUGAUAUCAAGACAGAGGUGAAAUGGUACAAGGAUGGCAAACUGCUGACCUCCAGCAAGACAGUCCAUGCAGAUUCAAAGGGCAAGAGUCGCCAGCUGGUGAUAGACAGUGUGGACAAGAAGGAUGCUGGAGAGUACAUCUGUGAGGCUGGGACUGAGAAGUUGGCCUUUAAGAUACAUGUGGAAGAGAUUCAAUCCAAGUCAGCUUUCUCCAACAAGGAGUCAGUCCAGAAGGAGGUGAAAGCCACUCUCUCUCAGAAGGCCAUUUUAAGCUGUGAGGUAGCUGACACCAAGACAGAGGUGAGAUGGUACAAGGAUGGCAAACUGCUGACCUCCAGCAAGACAGUCUAUGCCGAGUCAAAGGGCAAAAGUCGCCAGCUGGUGAUAGACAGCGUGGACAAGAAGGAUGCUGGAGAGUACAUCUGUGAGGCUGGGACUGAGAAGUUGGCUUUUAAGAUGCAGGUGGCAGUAACCCAGUCAGCCUUCGACAACAAGGAGUCAAUUCAGAAUGACGUGAAAGCCACUCUCUCCAGGAAAGCCAUUUUAAGCUGUGAGGUUUCUGAUUUGAAGACAGAGGUGAAAUGGUACAAGGAUGGCAAACUGCUGACCUCCAGCAAGACAGUCCAUGCAGAGUCAAAGGAAAAAAUUCGCCAGCUGGUGAUAGACAGUGUGGAGAAAAAGGAUGCUGGAGAGUACAUCUGUGAGGCUGGGACUGAGAAGUUGGUCUUCAAACUCCAGGUGGCAGACACACAGGUCCAGUCUGCAUUUUCUAAAAAGGAGUCAGUCCAGAAGGAGGUGAAAGCCACUCUCUCCCAGAAAGCUACUCUGAGCUGUGAGGUAGCUGAUAUCAAGACAGAGGUGAAAUGGUACAAGGAUGGCAAGCUGCUGAUCUCCAGCAAGACAGUCCAUGCAGAUUCAAAGGGCAAGAGUCGCCAGCUGGUGAUAGACAGUGUGGACAAGAAGGAUGCUGGAGAGUACAUCUGUGAGGCUGGGCCUGAGAAGUUGGCCUUUAAGAUACAUGUGGAAGAGAUUAAACCCAUGUCAGCUUUCUUCAACAAGGAGUCAGUCCAGAAGGAGGUGAAAGCCACUCUCUCCCAGAAAGCUACUCUGAGCUGUGAGGUAGCUGAUAUCAAGACAGAGGUGAAAUGGUACAAGGAUGGCAAGCUGCUGACCUCCAGCAAGACAGUCUAUGCCGAGUCAAAGGGCAAGAGUCGCCAGCUGGUGAUAGACAGCGUGGACAAGAAGGAUGCUGGAGAGUACAUCUGUGAGGCUGGGCCUGAGAAGUUGGCCUUUAAGAUACACGUGGCAGAAGCUCCAGCUGGCUUCUCUAACAAGGGGUCGGUCCAGAAGGAGGUGAAAGCCCUUAUCUCCCAGAAAGCCACUUUGAGCUGUGAGGUUUCUGAUUCCAAGACAGAGGUGAAAUGGUACAAGGAUGGCAAGCUGCUGACCUCCAGCAAAGCAGUUCACAUGGAGUCAAAGGGCAAGGGUCGUGAGCUGGUGAUUGAAAAAAUGGAGAAAAAAGAUGCUGGAGAAUACACAUGUGAGGCUGGAACGGAGAAGCUAGUAUUUAAGCUGCAGAUGACAGAUGCAGUUGUCAAGUUCCAGAAGAAGCCUGUCAAGGACACAUGUAUUGUUCAAGCAAGUGAAAACAUUGUUUUGACCACUGAGCUGACCACAGAGAGUGGUGGUGUGAAGUGGUUUAGAGAUGGUGUGGAGGUCAAGGAGGGCGGCAAGUAUGAAAUUAAAAAAGACGGCUGUUCUCGUACACUGAUAGUAAAAUCCACCGAAGCCAAAGACAGUGGUACAUACUCCUGUCAAACUGCUAAUGACAAACUGGAGUUCAAAGUUCAGGUCAAAGCUUUGAAGUUUGUUGUCCCCUUGAAAUCUGCUGAUGUGGAGUUGGGGGGUACACUUACUCUGAUGUGUGAACUAAAUCAAGCUUCAGGGGAUGUUGUCUGGCAACGUGAUGGUCGGGAGAUUAAACCUGGAGGCAGGUACUGUAUCAGGACAGAUGGUUCUAAGCGGGUUCUCACUGUGACUGGCAUGACUAAGGAAGAUGAAGGAGAAUACAGUUGUGAAUGUCGAAAUGACAAGACCUCUGCUAAAGUCUCCUCAAAAGCACCCAGACUAGUGAGGCUUACCUCCAAACUCAACAAUGUGGCUGCAAUGGAAGGAAAACAAGCCAUUUUCAAGUGCGCUGUCACCCCAGCGGACGUCAACGUUAAAUGGUUCCACAACAAUAUACCCAUCACUCCUGGGCCUAAGUAUAAGAUUGACCAUGGUGGGAACAGUCACUCACUCACGAUCACCUCUGUCACCCAGAAAGAUGCCGGCGAGAUAAGCGUUGAUGCAGAAGGCAAAACCUGCACAGCUACCUUACAAGUGCAACAUGAGCCUGUGACAUUUAAGAAAAAGCUAGAAAACCUGACAGUGGAGGAGCAGAGUAAAGUGAAGCUGGAGGUGGAGCUCAGUACGGUGUCAGAUGAAGUCAGAUGGAUGAAGAACAGCAUAGUGCUGCAGCCUGCAGGAAACCUGGAGAUUCAGGUAGACGGAGCCAAGCAGGUCCUGGUCUUCAAGAGUGUGACUUAUGCUGACCGUGGCAUAUACUCCUGUGAAACUCUGGACGACAAGACCCAGGCCAAACUCAGUGUGGAGAAGAAGAAGAUCCAGGUAAUAAAGGGUCUAACAGAAACCAAGGCACAUGAGACAGAGACAGUAACAUUUGAGGUAGAACUCAACCAGGCUGAUGUUGAAGGCUCCUGGACCAGGGACGGGGCCAGGUUAAAGUCAGGGGCGAACUGCCGUAUCACAGCUCUGGCAAAGAAGCACGCCGUUACGUUGUCCAAUCUCAAAAGGGAGGAUGCAGGAACUAUUGCCUUCCAAGCAGAAGGUAUUCAUACUUCUGGGAAACUGAUUGUCACAGAACCACCUGCUAUGAUCUCCAAACCCAUUAUGGACAUCAGUGUUCCUGAGAAAGAGAAGGUUACUUUUGAAUGUGAAGUGUCCAGAACAAAUGCAGAUGUUAAAUGGUUUAGGGGUGAUGUGGAACUGAAACCAGGGAAAAACUUUGGCAUCCAUUCCUUGGGCCGAAAGCGCACUUUGCUCAUCAGCAAAUGCACCCCUGAAGAUACAGGCACUUACAUGUGUCGCACUACUGACGAUAACACCUCUGCGAGGCUCACCGUUCAUGCCAGAGACAUCAAGAUAAUCAAGAAACUGGAGGAUGUGGAGGUGAUGGAGAAGGAGAGUGCUGCAUUCGUCUGUGAAAUCUCACACGAUGAAGUGGACUCUCAGUGGUACAAAGGAAGUACUAAACUCAAAGUCGGUGACAAUAUCAAGAUGAGACAAGAGGGCCGAACCUAUGUACUGCUGUUUAAGUCUGUUUCCCCAGAAGAUAUAGGUGAGAUUAAAUUUACAGCUGAGAAGGCCUCUUCAACUGCCAAACUUAAAGUGAAAGAGCUGCCUGUCAAGUUUGUGAAGAGACUCAGGGAUAAGAUAGCGAUGUAUAAUCAUCGUGGUCAUCUUGAAUGCCAAGUGUCACGUGCCAGUGCAAACGUGAAGUGGUACAAGAACAAGAUGGAGAUCAAACCCAACAAGAAAUAUGAGAUCAAAAGUGAGGACGUGUACCGAAAACUCACCAUCAAUGAUGUGGAGUCUGGGGACGAAGAUACAUAUACCUGUGAUGCCACUGAUGACAAGACAUCCUGCAAACUGCUUGUAGAAGAGCAGUCCAUCAGCAUUGUGCGGGAGCUUAGUUCAGUAGAAGUGACAGAACCCUUUGCAGCUGUUUUUGAAGUUGAAAUCAGUAUGGAACUAGUGAAACCUCCUAUAUGGACUCUGAAUGGAGUUGCUGUCCAAGAGAGUGCUGAUGCUGAAACGGAGAAAGAGGGCACUAUGCACCGUCUCACUUUCAAAAAGACCAAAGCAUCGAUGACAGGACCAGUGCAGUUUACAGCUGGGAAGAGUAAAUCUCUUGCCCAACUCACAGUCAGAGAGCGUCUGCUUGAGAUUGCUGAGCCCAUCAAAGAUGUGAAGGCAAAGGAGAAAAGCUCGGCCAUAUUCACCUGCAAGUUCUCUGCAUCACCCAAAGAGGUUAAUUGGUUUAAAGGUCAGGUACCACUGGCAGCAUCACACAAGUAUAACAUGAAGCAAGAUGCUACAAGGGCUCAACUUACCAUUCAGAGGUUAACUGAGGAAGAUGGUGGAGAGUACCGCUGUCAGUCCGGACCAGCUGAGACCACAGGCACACUUACUGUUGAAGUGCGUGAAAUUAAAAUCACCAAGCACAUGGCUGACACAGAGGUUGAUGAAGAUAGCAGUGCAGUGUUCAUAUGUGAGAUUAACUAUGCAGAUGAAGGGGCAGAGUGGCUUCUGAAUGACAAGGUGCUGUUCACUAAUGAAAUCAACACCAUCACUCAUGAGGGGAAGGUUCACAAGCUCUUAUUGAAGAACUUGGCACCUGAUGAUGGUGGGACUAUCACCUUUAAAGUACGCAAGGUGACAGAGUCUGUUACACUUAAGGUUAAAGAGAAGCGUGCUGUGUUCCUCAAGUCUCUAGAUGAUGUCAUUGGAGAGGAGAAAGGCAUGAUAACUCUGGCAUGUGAGGCGUCCAAGCCCAGGGUUUCUCCCACAUGGAGAAAAGAGGGUAAAGUCUUGAAGGCCGGACCAAAGUAUGAGCUUCUUCACACAGGCAAGUCUUUGGGACUGAUCAUCAAGAAUGUUACCAAAGACGAUAAUGGGGAGUACAGUUGUGAUCUUGGAACUGAGGUUUCUAAAGCAAAGGUUACUGUAAGAGAGAUUGGCAUUGGAAUUACCAAAUGGUUGAAGCCAGCUGAGGUGAAUGAGGGAGAAACAUGCAGCUUUGAGUGCAUCCUGUCUCGUGAGAGCACUGAUGAGUGCUCGUGGACUCUUAAUGGCCAGAUCAUUUCAAACGGGAGCCGUUUCAAAGUCACCAGUAAAGGCCGCAAGUACAUGCUAAGUAUUAAGGAUGUCACCCCCGCUGAUGCCGGUGAGGUGGUCUUCAACAUUAAAGACCUGAGCUCAAAAACAACAUUAACAGUUGAAGGUAGAGCUUCAUCUGUGUCCAGAGGAAUAGAGAAUGUUAGUGCUGUUCAAGGGGAAGAGGCUGUAUUUACCUGUGAGGUGACACAGGCUAGUUCAACUGUAAAGUGGGCCAAGGAAGGCAAAGCCAUCAAAAAGAGCCAGAAAUAUGACAUCAGCCAAGAGGAUAAGGUCAUGAAGCUCACCAUCCACAAUGUCUCUGCUCAAGACUCUGGCGAGUACAGUUGUGAAGUUGUUGGAGGUGCAACCACCAAAGCCCAACUGGAAAUCAAGGAGCCAAUCCAUAAAUUCACGGAGGAACUAAAGGACAGCCAAGCAGAUGAGAAGAGCUCUGUGACCUUGCAGUGUGAGACAGCUCAAACCCCUUCCAUGGUGAUAUGGCUUAAAGGUCACGCAGAGAUCAAAGCUGGAGGUCGAUAUGAGAUGUCCCAGAAAGAGGGGUUCUUAACUCUCACCAUCAAACGCUUGGAGGAGAAAGAUACUGAUAUCUACACUUGUGACGUAGGCACUGCUAAGAGCAUGGCACGGGUGACAGUCAAAGCCCUGCCUGCCAAUUUUAAAGAAAAACUUAAGAACCAGGAUAAAAAAGAAGGGGAGACUGUGACACUUUGUUGCGAAUUAUCAAAACCUGCGGCCGACAUUAAAUGGAAGAAAGGCUCUGAAAUUCUCAAAGCUGGAGAGAGGUAUGAGAUGAAGCAGAGGCACACCUCUUUGGAACUUCAAAUUAAGGAUUUGAAGGUUGAAGACAGUGGAAUGUACUCUUGUGUGUGUGGGGACCAGAAGACAUCUGCAACUCUGAAAGUCAAUGAAUUGCCGCUGAUCUUCAUACAAAAGUUGGAGAGCCAGGAGGCUGAGGAGGGAGCCAGCAUCACUCUGCGCUGUGAGCUCUCUAAACCUGGAGUCCCAGUGGAGUGGAAGAAGGGAACACAGGUCCUGAAGUCCGGAGAAAAGUACCAGAUGAAGCAGAAAGCCUCUGUGAAUGAACUCCUGAUCAACAAAGUGGUGCCAGAAGACAGUGGAGACUACAGCUGUGUGUGUGGAGACCAGAGGACCAUAGCCAGCCUCAAAAUCAACGCCCAACCAGUGACCUUUAAACAGAAGCUGGAGAGCCAGGAGGCUGAGGAGGGAGCCAGUAUCACUCUGCACUGUGAGCUCUCCAAACCUGGAGUCCCAGUGGAGUGGAAGAAGGGAACACAGGUCCUGAAGUCUGGAGAAAAGUACCAGAUGAAGCAGAAAGCUUCUGUGAAUGAACUCCUGAUCAACAAAGUGGUGCCAGAAGACAGUGGAGACUACAGCUGUGUGUGUGGAGACCAGAAGACCACAGCCAGCCUCAAGAUCAACGCCCAACCAGUGACCUUCAAACAGAAGUUGGAGAGCCAGGAGGCUGAGGAGGGAGCCAGCAUCAGUCUGCGCUGUGAGCUCUCUAAACCUGGAGUCCCAGUGGAGUGGAAGAAGGGAACACAGGUCCUGAAGUCUGGAGAAAAGUACCAGAUGAAGCAGAAAGCCUCUGUGAAUGAACUCCUGAUCAAUAAAGUGGUGCCAGAAGACAGUGGAGACUACAGCUGUGUGUGUGGAGACCAGAAGACCACAGCCAGCCUCAAGAUCAAUGCCCAACCAGUGACCUUCAAACAGAAGCUGGAGAGCCAGGAGGCUGAGGAGGGAGCCAGCAUCAGUCUGUGCUGUGAGCUCUCUAAACCUGGAGUCCCAGUGGAGUGGAAGAAGGGAACACAGGUCCUGAAGUCCGGAGAAAAGUACCAGAUGAAGCAGAAAGCUUCUGUGAAUGAACUCCUGAUCAACAAAGUGGUGCCAGAAGACAGUGGAGACUACAGCUGUGUGUGUGGAGACCAGAAGACCACAGCCAGCGUCAAAAUCAACGCCCAACCAGUGACCUUCAAACAGAAGUUGGAGAGCCAGGAGGCUGAGGAGGGAGCCAGCAUCACUCUGCGCUGUGAGCUCUCUAAACCUGGAGUCCCAGUGGAGUGGAAGAAGGGAACACAGGUCCUGAAGUCCGGAGAAAAGUACCAGAUGAAGCAGAAAGCCUCUGUGAAUGAACUCCUGAUCAAUAAAGUGGUGCCAGAAGACAGUGGAGACUACAGCUGUGUGUGUGGAGACCAGAAGACCACAGCCAGCCUCAAGAUCAAUGCCCAACCAGUGACCUUCAAACAGAAGUUGGAGAGCCAGGAGGCUGAGGAGGGAGCCAGCAUCACUCUGCACUGUGAGCUCUCUAAACCUGGAGUCCCAGUGGAGUGGAAGAAGGGAACACAGGUCCUGAAGUCCGGAGAAAAGUACCAGAUGAAGCAGAAAGCCUCUGUGAAUGAACUCCUGAUCAACAAAGUUGUGCCAGAAGACAGUGGAGACUACAGCUGUGUGUGUGGAGACCAGAAGACCACAGCCAGCCUCAAGAUCAACGCCCAACCAGUGACCUUCAAACAGAAGUUGGAGAGCCAGGAGGCUGAGGAGGGAGCCAGCAUCACUCUGCGCUGUGAGCUCUCUAAACCUGGAGUCCCAGUGGAGUGGAAGAAGGGAACACAGGUCCUGAAGUCCGGAGAAAAGUACCAGAUGAAGCAGAAAGCCUCUGUGAAUGAACUCCUGAUCAACAAAGUGGUGCCAGAAGACAGUGGAGACUACAGCUGUGUGUGUGGAGACCAGAGGACCAUAGCCAGCCUCAAAAUCAACGCCCAACCAGUGACCUUUAAACAGAAGCUGGAGAGCCAGGAGGCUGAGGAGGGAGCCAGUAUCACUCUGCACUGUGAGCUCUCCAAACCUGGAGUCCCAGUGGAGUGGAAGAAGGGAACACAGGUCCUGAAGUCUGGAGAAAAGUACCAGAUGAAGCAGAAAGCCUCUGUGAAUGAACUCCUGAUCAACAAAGUUGUGCCAGAAGACAGUGGAGACUACAGCUGUGUGUGUGGAGACCAGAAGACCACAGCCAGCCUCAAGAUCAACGCCCAACCAGUGACCUUCAAACAGAAGUUGGAGAGCCAGGAGGCUGAGGAGGGAGCCAGCAUCACUCUGCGCUGUGAGCUCUCUAAACCUGGAGUCCCAGUGGAGUGGAAGAAGGGAACACAGGUCCUGAAGUCCGGAGAAAAGUACCAGAUGAAGCAGAAAGCCUCUGUGAAUGAACUCCUGAUCAACAAAGUGGUGCCAGAAGACAGUGGAGACUACAGCUGUGUGUGUGGAGACCAGAGGACCAUAGCCAGCCUCAAAAUCAACGCCCAACCAGUGACCUUUAAACAGAAGCUGGAGAGCCAGGAGGCUGAGGAGGGAGCCAGCAUCACUCUGCGCUGUGAGCUCUCUAAACCUGGAGUCCCAGUGGAGUGGAAGAAGGGAACACAGGUCCUGAAGUCCGGAGAAAAGUACCAGAUGAAGCAGAAAGCUUCUGUGAAUGAACUCCUGAUCAACAAAGUGGUGCCAGAAGACAGUGGAGACUACAGCUGUGUGUGUGGAGACCAGAGGACCAUAGCCAGCGUCAAAAUCAACGCCCAACCAGUGACCUUUAAACAGAAGAUGGAGAGCCAGGAGGCUGAGGAGGGAGCCAGUAUCACUCUGCACUGUGAGCUCUCCAAACCUGGAGUCCCAGUGGAGUGGAAGAAGGGAACACAGGUCCUGAAGUCUGGAGAAAAGUACCAGAUGAAGCAGAAAGCCUCUGUGAAUGAACUCCUGAUCAACAAAGUUGUGCCAGAAGACAGUGGAGACUACAGCUGUGUGUGUGGAGACCAGAAGACCACAGCCAGCCUCAAGAUCAAUGCCCAACCAGUGACCUUCAAACAGAAGUUGGAGAGCCAGGAGGCUGAGGAGGGAGCCAGUAUCACUCUGCACUGUGAGCUCUCCAAACCUGGAGUCCCAGUGGAGUGGAAGAAGGGAACACAGGUCCUGAAGUCCGGAGAAAAGUACCAGAUGAAGCAGAAAGCCUCUGUGAAUGAACUCCUGAUCAACAAAGUGGUGCCAGAAGACAGUGGAGACUACAGCUGUGUGUGUGGAGACCAGAAGACCAUAGCAAGCCUCAAGAUCAACGCCCAGCCUGUUCUUUUCAAAACCCAGCUACAGAACCUUGAAAGACAGGCAGGGGAGAUUGCUAGUCUUCGCUGUGAGACCACAAAACCAGGAGUCAGUGUGGUCUGGAGCUGUGGUGACAGUGUGCUGGAAUCCAGCAGCAAGUAUCACCUGAAACAGGAAGGGACUGUAGUUGAGCUUGUCAUCUAUAAACUUCAGGGAGCUGACUCAGGAGAAUACUCCUGUGAUACAGGCAGCCAGAGGACUUCAGCUGUCCUCAAUGUGCAGGAGGUUGAGGUUACCAUACUUAAAUUCUUGGAGAGCUGCAUUGUAUAUGAGGGUGAAGAUGUCCGCUUUGAGUGUCUGGUUUCUCAUGCGGAGGCAACUCUGGCCCAGUGGAAACUCCAGGAUGUCCCACUACAGAAUAAUGAAAUGAACCUGAUCAAGGCUGAGGGCCAAGUACACAGCCUCACACUCAGAGGUGUCACCACAGCUGACUCAGGAACAGUCACUUUCACAGUGGGAAACCACACUUCCACUGCUUCUCUAACAGUCAGAGCAGCUGCACCUAUGUUAUUCAAGAAGGAGCUGGAAAGUAAAGAGGCCACCGAAGGAGGCGAAGCCACCCUGUCCUGCGAGACAUCAAGCCCCGAUUGCAAGGUGACCUGGUGGAAGGGCUCAACUGUGCUCACGCAUGGGGAGAAGUACACCAUGGAGCAGAGAACUACCACUCACACCCUGGUCAUACACAAGCUAAAUGUGGAGGAUAGUGGAGAAUAUACCAGCAAUACAGGGGACAUGAAAAGCACUGCUACCCUGACUGUGAAAGAGCAUGUGCGCAUCAUGCGUGAACUCUGCGAUAUUACUGUGACCACUGGGCAGGAUGCUGUCUUUGAGGUUGAGCUGUCACACUCAGACGUGGCAACCGGACAAUGGUGGCUUGGAGACAACCUUCUCCAAAAUAAUGAUCUGAAUCAAAUGAGCAGCCAGGGCAGAGUGCACCGUUUGGUCCUGAAGAUGGUAACCACAGAUGAAUCAGGAGAUGUUGCGUUCGUAGUGGGAGAAGAGAAGACCGUGGCCUGUCUUCUGGUGGAGGAGAAACCCAAAGUGCUAAUAUUAGAGAAGCCUCACAACACUGUGGCAUUAGAGGAUGAAACCGUCACUCUGGCCUGCACCAUCUCUGACCCCAAGGGCACUGUCACCUGGAUAAGAAACAACGUGGCCAUCCAAGCAGGUCUCAAGUAUGACCUGAGUAAGAAUGGAGCAUCCCAUCAACUUCGUAUCUACAAUGUGGUGCCUGAGGACUCAGGAACGUACACCUGUGACACUGGAGAUGCACAGUGUGAUGUCACCUUGACCGUGGAAGGUGCCCCAGUGUUCUUCCAGAAAGAGCUCAAGAACCAGGACGCCAUAGAGGGUGACGAUAUUAUCAUGUGCUGUGAGCUGUCUAAGCCAGGUGUUCGUGUUGAGUGGAGGAAAGGAGGCAUAGUCCUCCAGCCCGGUAAGAAGUAUGACAUGAGGCAGGAAGGGUGUAUUCAAGAGCUCUGUAUACGGAACCUGGAGCCUGAAGACAGUGGCUACUACACCUGUGACGCAGGAGACCAGCUCACUACAGCUUCUUUGGCAGUACAAGUAAAAGAAGUCUUCAUUGUUUCUGGUCUUAAGACCAUCGACGUCUUUGUUGGGGAAUGGGCAACCUUCUCCUGCCAGCUGUCUGGUAGGGCACCUGGCAAGGUGCAGUGGUGGCUGGAUGGCACCUUGCUGGAGAACAGCCCCUUUAGUGAGAUAAGGCUGAGCCAGGGCCACAUCCACAUACUCACCUUAAAGAACCUGGCCACAGAUGACUCUGGCACUGUCACAUUCAAAACUGGCAGUUUAACAUCAACAGCCAAGCUCUUAGUCAAAGAUCCCACAGUUGAAGUGGUGAGCGAGAUGGAGGACCUUUGGGUGGUCGAAAACCAACCGGCUGAGUUCAUCUGCCAGUACUCAAGGCCAGUCAAGGCUCAAUGGAAGAAAGACGGGCAGCCAUUGCAGCCUGAUGGCCGAAGGGUGUUAGUGGAGCAGGACUGGAAUGUGGCUCGUUUGUACAUUAGCUGUGUGUCUGCUGAGGACAGGGGCACAUACUCCUGUGAGGCAGAGGGGACCUGUGUGGUCGCUUCACUUCAUGUGGAAGGAAAGCCCAUUAACAUAGUUCAGGGCCUGGAGAAUGUGGAAACCUUUGAUGGAGGCGAAGUACUGUUUGAGUGUGCCCUGUCUCGUCCUGAGAACAUAAGUUGCUGCUGGCUUCUUGAUGGCAAACCAGUGAAGGAAUCUCCUAAUGCUGAGAUUGUGUCAUUUGAGAGUGGUCGUCGUCAUCUGCUACUGCUGAAAGAGUUGCGUGUUAAAGACAGUUGCACAGUGACCUUCAAAGCAGGCACAGCAUCCACAUCUGCCCAACUCUCUGUCAAGGGAUGGCAGCUGGAUGUCGUGAAGGGUCUGGAGGACAGAGUGGCUGCAGUGGGAGAGAAAGUUGAGUUUUGCGUUGAGCUGACUGAGCCUGUCCCUGCGGCAGAAGUAGCUUGGUAUGCUAAUGGAGUUGAGCUCAAGCCCAGCGAUCUCUGGGCUAUGAGGGCUGACGGCUGUUCCUAUCGCCUUGUCCUGAGACAGGCACCGCUUUUGUCCCAGCAGGAAAUUACAUUUGCUGCUAGAGAUGCUCUUUCUUUGGCCAAGCUCUCCAUCAUCACUGUACCUGAUCCACCAGAGGAUCCAGAGGUCCUCAGUAAAACUAAACAGUCCGUUACCCUCUCUUGGUUCACUCCACUACAUGAUGGAGGGAGUCCCAUUCUGGGCUACAGGGUGGAGAUGCGGCUGGUAGACAGUUCCCUCUGGCUUCCGUGUCAUUCCGAACCUGUGUGUAACACAGAAUUUGUGGUUGAAAAUCUUAUCCCAGGGGGUGGCUACAGGUUUAGAGUGGCAGCCAUCAGCAUAGCUGGGACUGGAGAACCUGUUGAGCUGCCUCAGACUGUGCAACUUGAGGCACCGAUGCAGCCACUAAUUUGCCCAGGUAUAGAGACAAAACAGGUAGAGACAGGGGCACUGGGGCAGCCCAGUCUGCCUCCAGAAGCUGCUGAAGAAGGUGAUGUCCAUGAGCUGUGGGAGGCUUCAGCUAAGAAACGGCGCAUGAGUCGAGAGCCUACUUUGGACUCCAUCUCUGAACAACCUGAAGAGGAUGGUAAAGGUGUUCAAAACAAAUCAGAACAGAAGGAGCUGGAGUCCUCAGACAAGGUAGAAAUAAAAUCAGGGGAGAAGGAGCAGGCCAUUGUGUCUAAGAGGCAGACAGAGUCCAACUUGUGCAGCUCUGAGGAGGAAUCUCUGUCUGGGGGUUCAACGCUUGUGUCAUACCUCAAGAAGAGCAGCAAAUCUACUGUCACAGCGGCGAGUGAAGCAGAGACAUUGACCACUGAGAGGUUCUUUGCACAUUUCCAGAUGGCAGAGCAGAGAACAGUGCAGCAGACUGAAGUGAAAACAACCACAAUUCAGCAGACAGAUGAAAAACAGGUUUCCACAGAGGAGACUAAAAUAAUCGAGACCAGUAAAGAGGAUGAGCCUGAGCUCAGAGAGGCUGCCAUUAAGAUUCAAGCUGCCUUCAAAGGCUACAAGGCCCGCAAGGACAUGCGUCCUGUCUUCAAAGAGGUUUUCAAAGACCAGACCAAAGAACCUAAUGGCACUAUACAUCUGGAAUGUGUGGCAGAAGGUAAACCUGAUAAGGUGUGUUGGCUGAAGGAUGGAGAACCAUUGACGGAUGGCAAGCACCACCAUAUUGAUAUUUACAAUGAUGGUACUUGCUCACUGGUAAUCACUGCCAUCACCACAAAGGAUACUGGGGUUUACACCUGUGAGAUCACCAACAAAUUUGGAGUCACCUCUCACAGUGGUAAGGUGACAGUUGGAACAGUGAGAGAAUCAUCUGGGCGACGACCACUGACAGUGGGCUACAGUGCUGACAGUGAGCCUGAGAGCUCCUCGGGUAGUGAGAUGGAUGAGUCACUGAGGCAGGCAAGCAGACGUCUCCGCCGCCUGUUGCGCACCCGUCUACCACCAGAUGUUGAGGAAGAACCAUUUGUCAGUGCGGAUGAAGGAGACCUGCAUCCCCCAGAUCCUCACUCUUACCGUGAGGAUGACAGUUACAUCUACAUUCGCUUUGAUUCACGGACAGAGGCUGAAGUCGCCUCUAAGAGGUUCCAGGAGAUGUUUACAAUCCAUGGGGUUCCUGUAGAGACCAACAUCCUGGAGGCGGGGCCUCUCAAAGUGGAGCUGCAAAUUAGAAAGAUGGGCUACAUGCAAGAUGGCACACAGACCCCCACACAAGAUAGACAGCCUCCUGCAUUCAUGACUGGAGCCCCAGCUGCCCCAGUCUUCUUGACAGAGCUACAAAGCCAGGAUGUUCCAGAUGGUUAUCCAGUCAGCUUUGACUGUGUUGUGAUUGGCAAACCCCCUCCAACCGUUCGCUGGUUUAAGGACGGUAAAUUGCUGGAGGAGAAUGACCAUUAUAUGAUCAAUGAAGACCAGGAGGGCUGCCAUCAACUGAUCAUAACCUCUGUGCUGCCCACUGACAUGGGUGUCUAUCGCUGCACAGCUGAAAACGGCAGCGGCAUCACAGCCACUAAAGCUGAACUCAGGGUUGACAUGUCUUGCAGCUCAGAUUAUGACACUGCUGCUGAUGCCACUGAAACAUCCUCCUAUGUCAGUGCCAAGGGCUACAUGUCCAGGGAAACUGAGACCUUUGAGUCUGUGGCUGAAGAUGAUCAGCUACCUCAAGUUGUUGAGGACCUUCAUGAUGUUCAUGUUAGUCCAGGUUCACCUGUUGCUAAAAUGCAACUCAAAGUAAAGGGCUUCCCCAAACCCAGAGUAUACUGGUUCAAAGACGGCCACCCUCUGCGGCCCUCAGAAAGGAUUCGGUUACUAGCAGAGAGAGAUGUUCAUGGCUUGGAGAUUCUGGAGGUGAAGAAAGAAGAUAUGGGGGAGUACUCUGCUUACAUUAGCAAUGCAGCUGGUUCUGCUUACUCCUCUGCCCAACUGAUAGUUCUGAGGCCAGGGGAGAUUAUGCCUCAAGAUAAGAAAGACUCCAAGGAGCCACUGGUGCCACCGCGCUUCCUUGAACGGUUUAGCAACAGGAAGGUUAAACAAGGAGCAAGCAUCACUCUGUCUGUCAAAGUAGAAGGGUCUCCUACUCCUAUGGUCUCUUGGCUAAAGGAGGAAUCAUUGGAAGAUGUCCUGUGGAUCAAGCCUGAUACCAAGGGAUACAAAAUAGCAAGCUCUGGACACCGUCACAGCCUCAUCCUAAUGGAUGUGGGCACAGAGUACACUGGCGCCUACACCUGUAUUGCUACAAAUAGAGCAGGACAGUCCAUCUGCACUGCCCACCUCGAGGUGGAUGAAACACCACAACCAAAGAAAGAGACCCAAGCCUCAGAGGUUCUUGGGAUUACGGUUAGUCCUCCAGAAGAGGAGGCUAGCAGCGGAAAAGAGGGUAAAAUACCCUACCUAGGUGAAGUAGGUACAGAGGAAUUCAUUAUGAGACUCACCUCCCAGAUCACUGAGAUGGUAUCAGCAAAGAUCACCCAGGACAGCUCACAGAAUCAUGAAGUGCUCCAGUGGAUGAAAUCUUGGCCCAAAACUACCACUUCAUUACGUGUACCUGGUGUUGACAGUGAUGAUGAGACCAAGACCCCUUCUCCAUCACCUCAUCACGGUCGCUCUCGUCCUCCCUCCCUCAUUGCUGACUCCUCCUCGGAGUCUGAUGAGGGGGAUGCCAGGGGGGAGAUGUUUGACAUCUAUGUCGCAACGGCUGACUACAACCCCACUAUGGCAAGCAAAGAAUCCAUCUCCCUGAAAGAGAGACAGUAUGUUGAGGUUUUGGACUCAGCCCAUCCACUCAAAUGGUUAGUCCGGACCAAACCGACCAAAACUACACCAUCCCGCCAAGGCUGGGUCUCACCUGCCUACUUGGACAAGAAACUCAAACUCUCAGCUGAUACAGGUGAUCUUCCAGAGACAAGUGUAGAGGAGGUGUCAGAGGGGGAAUACAAGAGGAAAUUAUUCCAACUGAUCCAGGACCUGAUAAAUGCUGAGUCAGAGUUUGUAAGGGAGAUAGACUUCUUUACCUCCCAUCACCUGAAGCAUGCAGAAUGCCCUGAUGCACCGCCUGAUGUCAGCAGCCAAAAGGAAACCAUAUUCAGGAACGUUGAUGAUAUCAUGUCCUUCCAUAGCAAGGCUUUCCUCCCAAAGUUGAAUGACUGCGACACAGAUGAUGAUGUAGCCAUGUGCUUCCUGAAGAACAAGGAGGGCUUUGAGAAGUACCUCCAGUAUCUUGUUGGUCAGAGUCAGGCAGAAUCUGCUGUCAGUGACAAGACUGUCCACCGCUUCUUCAAGGAGUACACUGAGAAAGAGCAGGCUAGUGCAGACCCUGCAGAUCCCCCUGUACGCAGCAUCAACGCCUACCUCCAACUACCACUGGAGAGGAUUCAGAAGUACAAGGCUUUCAUCAAGGAACUCAUUCGAAACAAGGCAAGAAAUGGUCAGAACUGCUGCCUCUUGGAGGAAGCGUAUGCAAUGGUGUCUGGGCUCCCUCAACGCUCCGAGAAUACCCAUCAUGUCUCUAUGAUCGAGAACUAUCCGGCCACACUGGAAGUACUCGGAGAGCCAAUUAGACAGGGACCAUUCCAAGUGUGGGAGGGAGCUCCUGGAAUUAGGACGUCCUCUAGGGGUCACCACCGCCAAGUCUUCUUAUUUAAGAACUACUGUAUAAUCUGCAAACCUAAGAGAGACAGCAACACUGAUACACAAGCAUAUGUCUUUAAGAACAUGAUGAAGCUGAAUAACAUUGAUGUGAAUGAGUCAGUGGAGGGUGAUGACCGUGCCUUUGAAAUCUGGCAUGAACGUGAGGACUCUGUGAGGAAAUACACCUUGCAGGCCCGAACUGUCAACAUCAAGAACUCAUGGCUGAGAGACUUCAGAGAACUGCAGCAGCGAUACAGCAUGCCUGCAUGGAGUCCCCCGGACUUUGAUGAAAUUCUGGCAAACUGCACAGCAGAGCUGGGACAGACUGUUAAGCUGGCCUGCAAAGCCACUGGAGUACCCAAACCUGUGGUCACCUGGUACAAGGAUGGACGUACAGUGGAGGCAGAUCCUCAUCACAUCAUCAUUGAGGACCCUGAUGGUUCCUGCACACUGAUCCUGGACAACAUGACAGCAGAUGAUUCUGGCCAGUACAUGUGCUUUGCCACAAGCUCAGCUGGCAAUGCCAGCACUCUUGGAAAGAUCACAGUCCAGGUACCUCCUCGUUUUGUGAAUAAAAUGAGGAAUGCUAUCUUUGUUCCUGGUGAGGACGUGCAGUUCACCUGUGUCAUACAGAGCGCCCCCAGCCCCAAGAUCAGGUGGUUCAAAGAUGGCAGGCUGCUGACUGACCAGGAAAAGUAUCAGACCUACAGUGAACUCCGUAGCGGGGUUCUGGUCUUGGUCAUAAAAAACCUGACAGAGAGAGACUUGGGACACUACGAGUGUGAGCUUACCAACCGUCUGGGCAGUGCCAAGUGUGCUGCUGAUUUAGUCCCACCAUCUGCUGUGGCUCGCACUGGUGAACAGGCCAUCACUAUUGAAGUUACUGAGCAGGAAACUAGAAUACCAAAGAAAACCAUCAUUAUUGAGGAGACUAUAACCACUGUGGUGAAGAGCCCACGUAUGAGGAGGCACAGAUCCCCUGGCUUGACUGUUGCUGGAGCACAUCGCUCUGAAACAUCCACCCCAGAGCCCCCUACAGCCAGGCUGAGGAGGAUGCCCAUUCCAAGAAAGACCACUAUCCCUACCCUCUAUGUUACUGAGCCCGAAGUGGCUGAGGCUAGGGCCAUGGAGAGCAAGCCCAGGUGGGUUGAGGUAGAGGAAAUCAUUGAGUACAAGGUCAAUAAAUCUCCCAGGCUGUCCAGGAGGAGAGGCAUCUCACCUGCAGGGUCUGAACGCGCAGCCACUCCCUCCAGACCCAAAAGGUCUCCACCGGAAAACCCAAAUGCUAACAAUUCUAACAACAAGCUGGUGGAGCAGGCUCAGGCCGAGCUGCCAGGAGAUGUCAGCAGCCAGCCGCUCUCCUGGGGAGCAGAGGAUGGUAAUGCUCCCUCCGGUUCUGCCUCAGGAGAGCCACACGAGCUCUCAACUGUCCUCACUCCAGCUGAAGAGGGCAGCGACGAUCAGGAUGAUCAACAGACUGUCAUCUUUGAACCUGAUGAUGAAGAUAAUGAUCAUGACCUGUUCAGAAAGCUCGAACCUAAGAUCCUGAAACAAGGAGAUCAUGUUUUGACCCUCGAGGACUUGGAAGACUACGUUCCAGAAGAAGGAGAGACCUAUGGCUCCUCCAAUGUCACUGCUGAAAAGCCGUGUGAGAUCUCUGUGCUGCAGAGGGAGAUCGGCGGGUCCACAGUGGGACAGCCGGUGCUCCUGAACGUAGGGCGGCCUGUCGUGGUGCAGAGGCAGAGGAGCAGCGUCUUCAGUCGCUUCAAGGAGCAUCUCUCCAGCAGCCUUUUUCCGUCCACUGUUCCUCAAGCCAGCAGAGCGCCGUCCAGGACAGAGAGGUACGUCCCCAUUCAAGUGAGCCACACAAAGCUGGAAGUGAAGCCUUCAUACUGCUCAGAGGUGCAGAGAGUUGAGGGUGGGCAGCAGAGUUUUAAAACCAAAGUGUCAACUCAGACCUAUGGCUAUACAUCAGUGGGGAACCCAGUCACUCUUCAAAUUAGAGACAACCUUUAUCAGAACCAGUAGAAGCAAACACUUUUAAUUUGGUACCACAAACCCUCCUAGUCUUAAAUGGGGACAUUUCUACUUACAUAAUGAAAAAGAACACCUAGCCUCGAGUAUAUCUACUGCAUUUGACAGACCAUUCCAUUUUGCAGCUUCCCAUCACAAAAUUGGCUCAUUUUCUGAGUCUUUUUUUGUCGAAUGGUUAGAGUUGCCUGGUCUUUUUAGACUAGGUGAGUUGGAAUGUCACUGUAAGCAGGUUUCAGUCCCGUGCUGUUCUGUUACAACUGCUAUAUGUCAUGUUUAUGUGUUGUACAACGCACAUGAUGGACAGAAGCCAAGAAACUAAGGUUUGACAUUUUACCGAUGAAAAGUUUCAUUGUCUGUUGUUGAGCUGAAUUUUGUAAAAAAAUAAAUAAAUAAAAAAUCACAUUUAAUUUAUAAAUAACUUCAUGAAAUCAUGAACCUUGACCCACUAAUAUUAAUUGAUCCAGGCGAUAUCUUUGGUGAUUACUCUUGCCAUAUUCAUAAACAAAUAGUUAUACAGUAGAAAUGUAGACUUUACUUAUUUUUUCAGAUUUACUUUUGUACCUUUCAAGAAAUGUUGCCUUUUGCACUUUUUCAGUGCCUUGGAUUCCUGGAUCAGCAAUUGUUGGAGUUAAUGACUAUUAAAGAGGUCAUGGCUACAUAUUUCUAUUUCAGUAUUGCUGUAAGUUCAUUUUAAAUAUGCCACACUGAUUAUGUAAAAUUAACAACAGAAAUUUUGUGACUGUUGUGGUCACAGAAGUUGUCUAAGUUUAAUCAAAGAUGCACGGUCAAAUUAUAGUAAGUCUGGUAAAAUCAGACAUUAGUUCUCGACUACUUUGGUUGUUUUUGACGGAUUUCUAUGAGCAAAUGUGGUAGGUGAACUGACAACCUGUUUCACAUCAAACUGUGUUUGAUUGCAUUUGUUUGCAGAUAUGUCUACAAUCAAUUGUGAACUGAAUGUUAUUCUCAGCUUUUUACACAUUUUGACAUCUGUUAAUGCAGUGCAAUGAUCUCUGAACUUGUGAUAUCAGAGAGAUAUUGAUAUGUAUGUGAUAGAUAUUUAGAUGAGUGACUGCAUGUGUUUGCUUUUCAAAAGCAGAUGUGUUUAUCCAAAGUAACCUAUCAUGUCAUGUUGGAUUACAAGCAAGUGAAUUUACUACCUUUUCAAUGCAAUUUAAAAAGUGACUAGAAUAACUGCCUCCUUAAAGAUGUGUGGUGUUGGUAUUAUUUACAGGUGUUUUAGUAAGCUAAAAGGAUCAUGUUAUGUAAUAAUAUUAAAGGCACUAACAAAUUGUAAUUGCUUGUACUGUACAUGUGUAGUUUUUGGAAACAUGAGAUACUCUUGUGUUAAAUCUGAAUUAAAGAAAUG